AUGGCUCCCAAGAAGAAGACCGCGGCGGCAUCGUCCAAGGCGACUGGUGCGCCAGACAGCAUCUCGCCUGAGCGCUUCGAGAAGGAGCUCAAGAACCUCGCGGCCAAGGCCAAGGAUGACAGCUGGAGCAACAGCACUCUGGGACAAGCGUCCCUCUACCUCAAGACGGCCAUCGUGCUGGGUCUUCUCGGGGUCGCCUCCAACGCCUCCCAGCUCGCUCUCUCGCCCGUCUUCGGCUCCAUCCCUGCGGCCAUCCCUCACUCGCCCGUCAUCAUGGCUGGCUGCUUCGUUGGCUGGGCUGGCAACCUGUUCCUGAACCGCAUGCUGCCCUUCUCCACCGAGCUGCUUCUGCCGCUCGUGGCGCUGCACUUCCCCAUUGUGCAGUUCCUCCUCGGCCCGUACAGCGACAAACUCGGCUCGUGGUGGGGACCUGUUGCCAUUGAGGGUUUGACUGUCUUCCCCCUGGCCGCCGUAACUGCGGCAUGCGUGGCUAAUUACCUUGAGCAAGCGGAGCUCGGCGCGUUGCCGCAAUUCGUGGCAGAUGCGGCUCCAGGCAUCGGCUCCUGGGGAUUCUUCAAGUUUGCGGAGCGAGUUGCGAACCAGCAACUUCAACCCUUUAUUGGAAAGACAUUUGUUCUGACUCGCAUCGGACUGCAAUUGCUCCUCGCAGCGACAUACGCUGUCCUCGCCCCGUCCAAGUAUCUCGUGCUGGCUAUCCCUGCCCUCCUUCACACCGCAGUGCUCAACACUCACGUCAUGACGCCCAUGGCGACAAACUCGCUAAACAGCACUUUGCUGGCGCAGAAUUGGACCCUGUUGGAUCGCCGUGAAUCGCUGACGGGGUACGUCUCCGUCCUCGAGGACCUUGACAAGGGAGUCAGAGUUCUCCGUUGUGACCACAGUCUUCUGGGAGGCGAGUGGGUGCGCUAUAAGGGACCCAUCAUCUCUGAGCCGAUUUAUGGCGUUUUCGUCAUGCUUGAGGCUGUUCGACUCAUCGAGAGGGAGGUCCCGAUUGUGAGCAAUGAAGCCAACGCCCUCGUUAUCGGUCUUGGUAUCGGAACUACGCCUUCUUCUUUCGUCACCCAUGGCAUAGACACCACUGUUAUUGAAAUUGACCCCGUUGUGCACGAGUUCGCUGGCAAGUACUUUGACCUUCGCGAAAACAACCCACCUGUUAUCGCCGACGCUGUCAGCUACACAGCCAAGUUGGCCAAUGAAUCGACCACCAAGUUUGACUACAUCGUCCAUGAUGUGUUUACUGGCGGCGCAGAGCCGGUCGAUCUCUUCACGCUAGAAUUUUUCCAGGGUCUGAACGCUCUGUUGAAGGACGACGGAUCCAUUGCCAUUAACUAUGCCGGUGACUUUGCCGCCCCUACCCCGAAGAUGAUCAUCCGUACCAUCACGAAGGUCUUCCCCUCCUGCCGCGUCUUCCGUGAGGCCCCCCGGGUUGAAGAGACGGUCAAGGCAUGGGGAAAUGAUUUUAUCAACAUGGUCAUCUUCUGCCAAAAGACUCCUGGUGAACUGACUUUCCGCCGGCCGGUUCGGGAGGACUACCAUGAGAGCCGUUCGCGUCAUGUCUUCCUGGAGCCGCGUCACGAAAUCCCCUCGUCUGUGUGGCUUGAGGGUGACGACAAGAGUAUCCUCACGGCGAACAGCACUGCCAAGGUGACCAAGAUGCACCAGAAGAGCGCGACGGGUCAUUGGACAAUCAUGAGGACCGUUAUUCCCACCAAGAUCUGGGAGAUGUGGUGA